AUGGGGUUUCAAGUAGGUCUUUGUGAACUCGGACCAUGGAAUGAAUGGUGUGAAGAUAACGUGAAAAUCGCAAGCUACCUUACUCCUUUCAAAUUUUUCGGUACUGACAAGAGACGAGCUAAAAUAUAUGCUCAGAUGAACUUUUAUAAGCAAUUUCCGCAACCACCUUUGAAACAACUUCAUAAACGUGUAACGGCUGCUUGUGACAAGGGAGUUGUUCCAUGUAUGGUUGAAAUUAAGAAUACAGCUGUACAAUCCAGGGCUUUUCAACCAUCAGUUGGACAAUUUCAUCCUUUUCCCACAGAAUUAGAAGAAUUUCAGUAUAAGUUGUCAGCAUCAUACUACAUGUGUUAUUUUACGGUGAAUCGUAAGAGUUCAUUACGACAUAUCUUAGCAGGGGCGAACUGUUUAGAAAAGAUUCAGGGAUCUGGAUUAAUCCAAGACUUCACGAGUAAUCCCAAGUACUUUACAUUAAGAGACGUACGGACUGAUCAAGUUCCAUUUCAAUGUGCAGAGUUAUUCUAUUGUCCUGAACCUUGUUAUGCUUUAAGUUCUCACGGAUUGAUGUCAUAUUAUUACGAUAAAGAUACUGAUACAAGCAAUCCCUGUCAUGAUAUAGAAUAUAAUAAAGAAUGUAAGUGGAUGGAGGGAGCUAAUACAGAUAUUUAUAGUUUGAUGGCCGGUAAAUUUAACUUUACAUGUAACUGUCAAGAAGGCACUGAAUCUGGUUAUGAAUGGAAUUUAAAAUAUAAAAUAUGUGUGGAUGUCGAUGAGUGUUUUACCAAACAAGCCACGUGCCCUAGAAAUCAGUUGUGUAUUAACACAAAGGGUUCGUAUUUUUGCCAUUGUAAACGUGGCUUUAAAUAUAAUGCAGCCAGAAAUAUCUGUGAAGAAGAUAAUUCUGUUAUCAAUUUUGCCGAAUUAAGAAAAAAGAAAAAAAUAAAAUCUUCGGAAAUGACUUUCAGGAAGCAGUUAGAGAUUUUGAUUGGUUUGAGAUCCUCGAUAGUAAUUGUUAAACCAUCACUGAUAGUUAAUAUCUUUGCCGUGUUCAUUUGCUUUCAGGUUUUACUCUACUAA